CAAACUGUGUCUUUGGUCUAUCAAGUAUUAGAUUUGAUGGUAUUACUACUUGAGCUCUAUCCUCUAUAUAUCCAAAUGUACCCUGUUACAAGUGCUUUAGAUAUAUAAAUCCAACACUUAAUGGCUUCUUCGUAUUUUAUGAAUGUGAAAAUUUUAGUUUACCUAAUAUUCGAAUAGCUCUAUCAACUCUACACUCUCUCUUCACGUUAUUUUUCAGUGUAUUUGUGUAUAAAGGGAACGAGUGAAAACACGUACAGAAAAGAAAAAGCUAUUGUUUUAUUUACUACACACCAUAUACACGCGUGAAAGAAUAAAAAGGAAAAGAAUUUUUCACUUGUCUCAACCAUUAUUGAGAUAGAUGGAAAAAAAAUUCUUUUGUUUUUGUCAAAAUAGUAAACUCUUUUUAAUCGGUGUCGAAUAUAACUUAUAGUGAAUACGUUUUUCAAUCUGAAGUGACUGGUGAGUGAUACAAACUUUUGUUAUACAUUAGACAGAUUAUAAACACAAGCUUCGACUUUCGAGCGGUUUCCUCUUACUACUCGUUUAGAGAUCUUUUAUAGUUAACAAUGAUACGAGACUCAAACAGAGUGGGUCUUUUUUCCAAUUAAAGCAUGACUAUUUUAUUAUAGUUUUAAUGGCAACUGCAUCAAAAGUUCAAUGUACAAAAUGUGCGAAAAAUAGUGCUAUAACCGCGUGUGAAGGUUGUUCAUCAAAACUGUGCAGACGGUGCUUCAAUGAUCAUCGUCAAGAUUUGUCGAAAGAACUCGACAAUAUUGUUUACGAACACGAUAUGCUCAAAGAGCAGCUCGAAACGCCCAAUGAAAAUAAUUCUCAUCGUCUGUUAAAACAAAUUGAUCAAUGGAAGAAAGACUCAAUCGAUAAAGUAAAUCAGCUUGCUGAUCAAUGUCGGACUGACGUUGUCAAAUUGCUAGAUAAAGACAAGGACGAGCGUAUUGAUAGAUUUCGCAAAAUGACGAGUAGAGUUCGUAAAGGUCAAGAUGAUGAAGAUUAUGAUGAGCGAGAUCUCAGCAAGUGGAUGACCGCUUUAAAAGAACUAAAAGAUGAACUUAUCAAACCAUCAAACUUCUGCGUUGAAGAGGAUAAAGAACAACCUUCUUGGAUUCAAAAGAUCAGAGUACGCGAAAAUGUCCCCGAACAAGUAAAGAUGAAAGAUGAUGCCGCCAGCAUGUCAUCAGUACGUUCUUCACACACUGCAACUUUAUUAUCAUCCGGGAAAGUAUUAGUAGCAGGUGGUUAUAUAGGUGGGAAUUAUUUGUCAAGUAGCGAAGUGUAUGAUCCCCCAUCGAACACGUGGACUCCAGUCGCCAGCAUGUCAUCAGUACGUUAUUUACACACUGCAACUCUAUUAUCAUCUGGGAAAGUAUUAGUAACAGGUGGUUAUGUAGGUGGGAAUUAUUUGUCGAGUUCCGAAGUAUAUGAUCCCCCAUCGAACACGUGGACUCCAGUCGCCAGCAUGUCAUCAGUACGUUAUUUACACACUGCAACUCUAUUAUCAUCUGGGAAAGUAUUAGUAACAGGUGGUUAUGU